AACCUCUAAGGAGAACAGAAGGAAGCCAGACCCCGUUCCUGCCACAGCUUCCCACGGGAGACCGUGAGUGCCCACGGCUCCCGUCACCCCCCGAGAUGGGAGCCAACAACACCACCGUGGACGACCUCCAGGCGAUAGAAAUCCACCACUGGUACAAGAAGUUCAUGACGGAGUGUCCUUCUGGGCAGCUGACGGAACAUGAAUUCAAGCAGUUCUUUGGGCUCCGGGGGUUGGAUGGAGAAGCCAACAAGUACAUAGAGCAGAUGUUCCACACCUUUGACAUGAACAAGGACGGCUACAUCGAUUUCAUGGAGUACGUCGCCGCUCUGAGCCUCAUCCUGCGGGGAAAGAUGGAGCAGAAGUUGCGCUGGUAUUUCAAGCUAUAUGACCAGGACGGCAACGGCUGCAUCGACCGGCAAGAACUGCUCAACAUCAUUAAGGCAAUCCGAGCCAUCAACGGCGGCAACCAAGAGACGAGCGCUCUGGAAUUCACCAACCGGGUCUUUGAUGGAAUUGACGUUAAUGGCGAUGCGAAACGGAGGGGCCGCACCACAGCAACAAGGAAGGAUUCGGCAAGCAGGAGACUCUUUGCCGUGUCCGGUCAGAUUCUUUCCAAUCCUCUCACUUGCAGACCCCGGCUGCCACCAAUACAGGACAGACACCUGCGAGCUGUCAUAUGUCAGGGACUGAAUGAGAUCGAAAGUCACCUGGCUUCCCUCCUCUCUGCAAGCGAGGGCAGAAUAGUGAGCAACUACCUGAGGAGAAAGGGCGCCAGCAGCGUCUGGGUCGGUCUGCAGGCUACACGCAGCCAUGGGAGAGGUAGUCCAAAGAAGACUUCAUUCUGGCGACCUAAACCAGUGGACAGGGUCUGGGAAUGGAGCGAUGCAACCCCCGUGAGCAAGACUCUCUGGGACGGCUUCAGCCUCUUUACCGCUGGUUCCUCCGACGAAUGCGUCUCCAUGAUCAACAUCCAGAACACACUUUCCCGGAAAUCACAGCAGCGCUCCUGUACUGACGCUCUGCCGUUCCUGUGCAAAUACCGAGCUGGCUUUUAGCCCUUUGGUUCCCGUCCAGCCCCCAGGAUGAAACUGUCAGAUGUCCCUUCUAUGAACAAUGAUGAUUCAGCCCCUCCGGAUGAUGUCUCCAGUCCUCAGUUGCCUCUAGUUCCUUGCUCCUUGCCUGAAACAGCCACUCCCAAAUUCUAGCUGCAACAUCACCCUUUCCCGAACCACUUUCAAAUAUCUCUUCCCCCCCUUGCCCAAUUCUCCUGGCCAAGAACGGAAGCUGAGAUCAAAUCCCAUGACAAACCCAGUAAGUCUUUAAUUGCUGCCGACGAGCCCCAUUUUUCACCUUGCAGAGGGGGAGUCGGUCUUUUCACACUGACAUCUGCCACCAUUCCACUCCCAAGUGGUCAUUCAGAAAAGUGCCUUCAAAGAGAAGUUCCUUCUAGGCUGCUUAGCAGAGGUGGGAUCCAGCAGGUUCUCACCAGUUCCCGAGAGGGGGUUACUAAUUAUUUGUGUGUGCCGAGAGGGGGUUACUAAUUGGGUCUGCUUU